GCUUCCCUUCCAUCCUCACUCCUCACUCGCAAAAUUCAUUAAGCCAAAGCGGGAGAGGUAGAGAAACAGAAACAGAAGCAUAUAUAAUACAAACAAAAUGCCUUUAGCUCCAUCUUUAACUCUGGUCUCCAAAUGUACUGUCUUUCCUGACCAGAAAUCCACCAUGGGAGACCUUAAGCUUUCAGUUUCUGAUCUUCCUAUGCUUUCUUGCCACUAUAUUCAAAAGGGUGGUCUUUUCACUCGCCCUCCUAUUUCUAUCGAAUCCCUGAUUUCUUCGCUCAAAUGUUCUUUAUCCAGAACUCUUACUCAAUUUCCUCCUCUUGCCGGUCGCUUCAGAACUGACUCCAACGGUUACGUUUACAUAACCUGCAAUGACGCCGGGGUUGAUUUCCUUCAUGCUACCGCAACUCAUAUCUCUGUUUAUGAUAUUCUGUCUCCAAACUACGUGCCGGAUUGUGUCAAGACUUUUUUCGCUUUUGAUCGGACUGUCAGUUACGAUGGGCACUAUAAGCCAUUCUUGGCAGUUCAGGUGACCGAGUUAGCUGAUGGAGUUUUCAUUGGCUGUGCUUUGAACCAUUCAGUUACUGAUGGAACUUCGUUUUGGAAUUUCUUUAAUACUUUUGCCGAAUUUUCAAGAGGAAUAAAGAAAAUCUCGCGCCAGCCCGAUUUUUCAAGAAAUUCGGUUUUGGUAUCGCCGGCGGUCCUUCAAGUACCUGAAGGUGGCCCUAAAGUAACGUUUGAUGAAAAUGCGCCGUUAAGGGAAAGAAUCUUUAGCUUCAGCAGAGAAGCACUUUUGAAGCUUAAAGCAAGAGCUAAUAACAAGAAAUGGAUUGAUAAUUCGGGCAUUGAUGCUGUUGAAUUAAUGGGUAAACAAAGCAACGAUCCGUUUCAUCAUCAAAUUAAUGGGAAGAUGAUGACUAAAAUUCUUGAAAGUUUUUACAAGAACGCCGUUUCGAAACCGCAAGAAACGGAGAGCAACGGUUCUGCGGUUGCGGCGGUGGAGAUUUCUUCAUUCCAAUCUUUAUGCGCGUUGCUGUGGCGUGCGGUGACGAGGGCGAGGAAGUUGAAUCCUAACAAAACGACGACAUUUAGAAUGGCGGUGAAUUGCCGCCAUCGAUUGAAUCCAAAACUGGAUCCUCUAUAUUUCGGGAACGCUAUCCAAAGCUCACCCACUUACGCAUCAGCCGGUGACGUACUGUCUCGCGAUCUGCGAUGGUGCGCGGAGCAAUUAAAUAAGAACGUGCAGGCACAUAACGACGGAACGGUGCGUCGUUUCAUAGAGACUUGGGAGGAGAAUCCACGGUGUUUCCCGUUGGGGAACUUUGACGGUGCAUCAUUGACGAUGGGUAGCUCAGCUAGAUUUCCAAUGUAUGAUAAUGAUUUUGGGUGGGGCCGUCCUUUGGCCAUUAGGAGUGGUAGGGCCAACAAGUUUGAUGGGAAGAUCUCAGCCUUUCCUGGGCGGGAAGGUGGUGGCAGUGUAGAUCUGGAGGUCGUUUUGUCCCCUGAAACAAUGGCUGGGAUUGAAUCUGAUUUUGAGUUUUUGCAAUAUGUAUCUAAGUGAAGUGGAUUAGCUUAGUAUUGAACGGUGGUGAUGAAUUGAUGAUGUUUAUUUUUGUUGUUGAUGAUUUUCCUUUUUGCGGGUUCGAACUGUGAAGGGAUGUUUUAUUGUUUGUAAUUUUGUGACAUAUUUUUCUAGUAAAUUUUAUUUUUCUGCUAA